GAUCCUCAACUUCACCAAAACGGGGCCAAAAAACCAUCACUCAUCAUCAACAAGGAAAUCUCAUCUAUCUUCCAGCCAAAUUAAACCCCAAAUAUCUCAAAAUUAGCAUCGAAAAUCUCUAGCUAAAAAAUGGUUACCUCGUACCUAAUUUCAGUUGUCUCUCAUCACAUCAGUUCAUAUGUCUCUCCCUCCAUUCGCACCUCUCAAAAUAAAUAGAUCACUCCCUCAUCUUCCCUUACCAUCGAAUCCAAUCCAAAAACACUUGCUCAAACACCAUCAAAGCCUUCGCAAGUCUUAUUCUUAGAAGAACAAACGAAAGCAACAAUGAAGCACCAAUUCAUUGUCCUCUCACUCCUAUUCCUCAUCUGCACAGCCCCAACCUCAGCUCAGCCAGCAGCCUCCCCAGCACCCCCGCCAGAGUUGCCGACGCCGUCUCCUGUGUCCCCGCCGCCAGAUUCCCCUCCCCCGCCGCCGCCCCCCCAAGCCAGCAUCUUGAAGAUCCUCGAGAAGGCGGGCGGCUUCACUGUCCUGGUCAAGCUCCUCCGCAGCACCCACGUGUCUGAUCAGGUGAACUCGCAGCUCUCCGACCUCAAUGACGGCAUCACCUUCUUCGCGGCGGACGAUGCCGCCUUCUCGGCCCUCAAGGCCGGGACCCUCAACUCCCUCUCGAACGAGCAACAGGUGCAGCUCCUGCAGUUCCACGUGGUGCCCACCUACCUGUCCAUGUCCCAGUUUCAGACGGUGAGCAACCCUCUCAUGACCAAGGCCGGGGGCACAGGCGGCAAAGAAUUCCCGCUCAACGUCACCACGAACGGCAACCGAGUCAGCGUCUUCACCGGGGUCGACGGGGCCUCGGUGACAAAGACGCUGUACACGGACGGCAAGCUCGCGGUGUAUCAGGUGGACAAGGUGCUCCUCCCCCUCAGCAUCUUCUCGGUGGACGGCACCUAUGCGCAGGCGCCAACUCCGCCAAGGAAGAAGCCUGUCGAGCUGGGCGUCUCGGGCUCGAGUGAAGUCGGGAAGGUGAAGACUGGGGACGUCCUUCGUCUAGUCGUCGGUGUUGGGGUCGCCGGUGUCGUCGCUUCGCUCGGUUUGUGAUCUGAAAAUGGCGAUUUUCUGGUUUUUUCAGUAAAUUGGUAGUAGCUCCUUUUGGUUUCCCAGUGCACAACGUGUUGAUAUGGGUCGAGAGACGAUAUCUCUCUUGAAACUGGAUUUGUUUGUUUUUUUUCCGUCUCUCCUUUUGUUUCUUCCUUUGGGUAUUUGUGACCAUCGUUUUUGGAUUCGAAUGUAAUAAAGUCUUCUCUUUUAACU